AUGGUUAUACCAACAGUAAGCUGUUUGUUACUUGGGUUGAGAAAGCCUUAUGUAGAGUUAGCACAAGGACAGUAUGUCAUUAUGGGUAAUGUCUGCUUUCAUAAGUCAUCACGAGUAAAGGAGCUUAUUAAGGCCAGAGGUUGCCAUCUAAUCUAUCUACCAGCAUAUUCACCUGAUUUAAAUCCUAUUGAACAUGUCUGGGCUAAUCUCAAGAGAUUAAUUAGGAUUAAUCCUGAAAAGGAAACAAAUCUUAGUUGCGCUAUUCAGCAAUCUAUAGCUCAAAUGUUUAUUGGUUAACUAUAUUCACACUAUAAAAUUACAUUACAAUGA